AUGGUCCAGUUGCGUUUCGAUCGUUUUUCAUUAAUUUAUUUAAAUAAACGAAAUCGGCUAUUCUGUACGAGUUCUUUUCGAUAUUCGAAUGUCGCAAUCAGUAAAUUUGAAAAGGACCAUUAUUUGCCUUAUAAAAAAUUAGUUGAAAAUAUUGCUCUUGUUAAGAAAAAGUUGGUGCGACCACUUACAUUAUCGGAGAAGAUUUUGUAUGGGCAUUUGGACGCUCCAGAAUCUCAAGAUAUUAAACGAGGAAUUAGUUAUUUGCGAUUACGACCGGAUCGAGUCGCUAUGCAAGAUGCCACAGCUCAGAUGGCUAUGUUGCAGUUUAUUUCUUCAGGCUUACCUCGUGUUGCUGUUCCUUCGACAAUUCAUUGUGAUCAUUUGAUCGAAGCACAGAAAGGAGAUAGUAUAGAUCUUUCAAGAGCCAGAGAUAUUAACAGUGAGGUAUACGAUUUUCUUUCGACAGCAGGAAAUAAAUAUGGUGUUGGAUUUUGGAAACCAGGAAGCGGCAUUAUACAUCAGAUCAUUUUAGAAAAUUAUGCUUUUCCUGGUUUAUUAUUGAUUGGAACUGAUAGUCACACACCGAAUGGAGGUGGAUUGGGAGGCUUAUGUAUUGGCGUUGGUGGGGCAGAUGCUGUGGAUGUUAUGGCAGAUAUCCCAUGGGAACUAAAAUGUCCCAAGGUGAUUGGUGUAAAAUUAACAGGCAAAAUGUCAGGAUGGACAUCUGCUAAAGAUAUUAUUUUAAAAGUUGCAGACCUUUUAACUGUAAAAGGUGGUACAGGAGCGAUUGUGGAAUAUCAUGGACCUGGAGUUGAUUCGAUCUCUGCAACAGGGAUGGGGACUAUUUGUAAUAUGGGUGCAGAAAUUGGUGCUACUACAUCAGUAUUUCCUUUUAACGACAAUAUGGUGAAAUAUUUGAAAGCAACUGGUCGUGAGAGAAUCGCUGAAGAAGCCAUGAAAUAUAAAGAAAUUUUAACAGCAGAUGCUGGUGCGGAAUAUGAUAGUAUGCUUGAAAUCGACCUGAAUAAAUUAGUUCCUCAUAUAAAUGGUCCUUUUACUCCCGAUUUAGCAACGACGAUUGAUAAAAUCGGUGAGACUGCUAAAUCUCGUGGAUGGCCUGUCGAAAUUAAAGCUGGACUUAUUGGAUCAUGUACGAAUAGUUCAUAUGAAGAUAUGACUCGUGCUGCAAGUAUUGCAAAACAGGCUCUCGAGAAAGGCUUAAAGUCUAAAUCAUUAUUUUUCGUCACACCUGGUAGUGAACAGAUUCGAGCAACAAUAGAACGUGAUGGUAUUACGAAGAUAUUCAAAGAUUUUGGAGGUACUAUUUUGGCAAAUGCCUGUGGUCCCUGCAUUGGACAGUGGGAUCGAAGAGAUGUAAAAAAAGGUGAAAAAAAUACUAUUGUAACAUCGUACAAUCGUAAUUUCACGGGUCGAAAUGACGCAAAUCCUGCUACGCAUGCUUUUGUUGCUUCACCAGAGAUAGUUACUGCAUUAUCAUUGGCUGGUCGCUUGGAUUUUGAUCCACAGCAUGAUGAGUUAACAACUGCCGAUGGUUCCAAAUUCAAACUCAAUGCACCUAGUGGUGAAGAUUUGCCUUCUUGUGGAUACGAUCAUGGAGAACAACUUUACCAAUCACCUUCAGGUCAGGGCGAAGUUGUUGUUGAUGAAAAAAGUCAAAGAUUGCAACUUCUUAAGCCCUUCGACGAAUGGGAUGGAAAAGAUUUAGAGGAUCUUGUUAUUCUUAUAAAGGUUAAAGGAAAAUGCACAACUGAUCAUAUUAGUGCUGCUGGGCCAUGGUUGAAAUUUCGUGGACAUCUUGACAAUAUUUCAAAUAAUCUUUUCCUCACUGCAAUAAAUGCAGAAAAUGGUGAAAUGAAUAAGGUGCGAAAUCAUUUGACCCAACAGCUUGGUGGUGUACCUGAUACUGCUCGAUAUUAUAAAAGUAAAGGAGUUCCUUGGGUUGCUAUUGGAGAUGAUAAUUACGGUGAGGGUUCUUCACGUGAACAUGCUGCACUGGAACCUCGCCACUUGGGUGGGCGUGCAAUUAUUGUCAAGAGUUUUGCUCGGAUACAUGAAACAAAUCUCAAAAAACAAGGUCUACUUCCGCUAACAUUCACUGAUCCAUCUGAUUACGAUAAAGUUAAACCAAGUGAUCGAGUGUCCCUCCUUGGUUUAAAGAAUUUGGCACCUGGCAAAGCAGUGAAAUGCUUGCUGAAGCAUCCAAAUGGUAAAACAGAUGAGAUUUGGUUAAAUCAUUCAUUUAAUGAAUUGCAAAUUAAAUGGUUUCAAGCAGGUUCAGCACUGAAUUAUAUGAAGAAGAUUGCAACAUCACGUAAAUGA